CGGAGGCCUCAGUCUGCGAGAGUACACGGAGCGGGCAGGACCUCGCGCGCGACUUGUGCCCCGCUCUCAGCCCUCACCCAGUGUGAUUGUGUGAGUGACCGCCGAUGGCCGCCACGAUGGCCUGUUACGCGGGGUUCGAGUCGGCGGCGGUCGGUCGCGGCGCCGUCGGCGCCGCGGCGCCGCCCAGCCAGGCCAAGGACUACUCGAAGCCGCUGCACGUCGACUGCAGCGUCGAGUACGAACUGCCGAACCAGGCGCGGCCGCCGGGCAAGAGCGAACCCCUGCUGAUGAUCCACCCCUGCUUCUACCGCAGGGCCGAGAGCCAACGGCGCAGCCCGUUCAUCAACAACCUGCCGCCGCAGCAGCCGCAGCAGCAGCCGGCGCGCAGGACCACGCGGCUGCAGCAGCAGCAACAGCAGCAGCCGCAGCCACAGCAACGCUUCCAGCCGCAACAGACCCUGUGGGACCCUUUCGCGGCCGCCCAGCACCAGAUGGCCUGGCCGCCGGCCAUCGAGCAGCAGGCCCUCUACUGCAAGCCGCCGGCCAGCCGUAGACGCAGCAGCCGUCGCAAGCAGCCGCCGCCGGCGCCCGAGCUGCGGCCCAUGGCCCCCGACUACGCCAACGUGGGCUCGUCGGCCGACAGUGGAAUCGGUGGUGUGUUGUCGUGGACGGAUACCAGUCCCAUUGUGAUGCAGGCCGUGCAGCAGGACCCUUCUUUGCACAUGCAGGACGACAAAAUUGCCGCCACGACGGCGGCAGCGGCGGCGCAGGAGAAUAGGCAAUCUCAGCAGCAACAACAGCCUCCUCAACCGCAACAGCUGAAAUCGAAUAAUAAUCAGAGAGGAUACACCAUUCGUGCUGGCGAUUCGAAUAAUGACUUGGCAGAGCUGCUCGCGGCCGCCUGCGGAGCGGACCACCUGCCGCCGCUGCCCAAGGUGGGCGUCGCGCCUGGGAAGACGCAGAUCCCCUCGCAGCCGCACCAGUCCUGCGGCUGCCCUUCCUCAAACAGCCGCCAGCAACCGGCCGUCGGCGUGACGGCCGUGGCCUGUCGCGCCUGCCGGCCGGCGCCGGUGCAGCAGAACUACUGGCCGCUGGCCGCCUGCGAACCCGAACCGGCGGCCUCCGGCCGACGGGCGUGGCCGUCUCGGAGUUCGGGCGCGAAGCGGAGCCGCGUGAGCACCCCCGUCCAGUGGACGGGCGGCGCCUCGUUCGUCGAGUCGACGCCGGCGGCGCCCGCGUGGCCCGUCUGCCUCAACAACAUCAACAACAACAACAGCAAAGACUGUGGCGUGUGCAAAGUGUGCCAAGACUCGAACCAGUGGAACAACUACUACUGCCGCGCCGAGGACCGAGUGCUGUGGAACAACGAGAACAUGCUUCGUCUGUUCCAGGUCUAGCGCGCCCUCCCCGUGCCAUUCCCGUAGUUGUAUACGCGCAGUGAUGGGUCUCUUCCAUGUCUCACUCAACCAGCAGAUGGGACUCGGGCUCACGACUUUGUAUUUUUCCCUUUGAAAGUAUACCAAAAACAGCGCGCCUUUAUCAUUAAAAAAAAAAAAAUGCGGAGAAAUUCCGUUUGCAGAAUUGUGUAAAUUUUUCCCUUUCGAAUUACCUCUUUUUUCCAGCUUUUUCUUUAAUGUUUGUUUAUUGUUUAAAGAGACCUUGGAUAUUUUUGGUAAAAAAUAAUACUGUUUGUAAUUUUCUUGUUCUAUUUUAAACCAAAACUAUUGGUCACACUAAGGGUUUGACCCUUAAACUGUAAAAUUCUGCAAGGUAUUUCGACGCGUUUCAAAUUUCCCAAUUUGAUUGGAAUUUGAUUGAUGUUCAUUUUUUUCAGUUCGAUAUGAACUUUUUUGGUGAAAUCGCAAAUGCAUUUUUGUUUCACACACUAUGUAUAGAAAAUUCAUCAAGGAUUCGAAUUGCAAGAAAUUAAUUUCUCUCCAAAUUAUAUCUAAUUGCUGCGCUAAGCCAAUGCCAUUACGUGUAAAUCUUAUACACAAUACCCGCGAUCUUUCACCGUGCGCUUUGAGUCUCAUCAAAAGUGUCGUUAAUUGACUAAAUUGAUUGAAAAAUUUACUCUGGACGUAAGUGGUUUGCACUUACGCAUAAUGAUGCUGUAUUUUGUCACCGAUUUGUAAAAGGGUGGAAAAAAUGAACUGUUUUUUUGUUUCUUUCAAAAUGUAUAUAUACAGAAGUGAAAAAAGUAGCUUUAAGUACGAUGAAUAGACUUAAGACCUCAAUGGCUGAUUAAAAUGUAGUUCAUGAAAAAGAAAAAUAUGAUCCAAUAAUCUGAAAAAAAAAAUUAUAAAAUGCUGAUUGGCUUUUUGUCCCAGGAUAAUUGAAAAAAAUUAAUGUUUGUAUAUUGCAGUGUGAAAUACACAAAAACACCCAAAAAUGAUUUUUUUGAUGAUUAAAAAAAAACUGAAAUAGUUCACUGCUGAAGUUUCAGAUAAAAAAAAAUAAUCUUUGUUGCAAUGAUCACAGUCAAGCAUGCGAUUUUCUAAUUUGUAAGUUAUGUUCGUGGUUUAUUAUCGAAUAUUGCAUAUGUAAAAAUAGUUCCUUUUCGUUUGAUAGCAUACGGGGCUCUAUUUAAAGAAGAACAUGAUGUGUACUGUACUAUUACUACAUACAUCGAUGUGUAAAUAUCGAUUACGCUUUUUGUUGUGUCCGCGCACUCAACAUAAAAAGAGAUGAAGCAAAAAAAAAAGCAGAAAACAAA